AUGUACGAGGUACACUUGAUCUGUACCCACAAAGAGACAUUUUGCUCGCGAAUACACGCUAGCAGGGAGAGGCUCGUGGAGCCAUUGUCAGACUACCCAUCGAAGCUCCAUUUCCGCUGGGUCCUACUAUCGGGGCAGUCCAACUCUUUCCGAUCUUCCUUGCCAGAUUUACUUUCCUUGAUAGCCCUAGGACUAUAG